CCUCCUCCCUCCAAGUGCGGAGUUGUGGAGUGUGAUGGCACGAUGGUCAAAGGAGUUUAUUGGUCUGUUGGUGUGGCAUCUGGGGAGGAGCAGCCUGUCUCUGCAGGACAGUGUGCAGAGGGUGGCUGGUGUCAUCCAGGAUGGCCAGAAGCUUGAAGCCGACCACAGAGCCGGCCCGCCUGACGAGCUUGUCAAGCCUGGAGGAGUCCCUGUUGGUUGUGCUGCCUCCCCAACACACCACAGCGUAAAAAAGGAUGCUGGCGACCACCGACUGAUCAUUGACAGAAGUUUACUACAGAUAUUAAAAGAUCGCAGCCUCCUUAAAAAAUACAGUCUGCUUUGGCCUUUCUUGUAGAGGUGGUCGGUAUUGAUUGCCCAGUCCGGGGCAAGGACGCCUACAGGGGGAACACGGACAGCAGGGAGUGAACCUGGAACCAUGGUGGUGGCAUGGGGCUCAGGAGGUAGAGCGGGUUGGAUGUGACAUCGCAGCACCCUCCUGACGGCGUUAUCAGGGUCCGUCGUCACAGCGGCCCGCAACGAACUCAUUAUGACAUCACCGGAUUCCAUAACAGAGUCCUGAGGACAUCUCGGGGUUCCAUAGCAACCAGAGUCCUGAUGACAUCACAGGGUCCCCUUAACAACCAGAGUCCUGAUGACAUCACAGGGUCCCCUUAACAACCAGAGUCCUGAUGACAUCACAGGGUCCCCUUAACAACCAGAGUCAUGAUGACAUCACAGGGUCCCCUUAACAACCAGAGUGCUGAUGACAUCACAGGGUUCCAGAACAACCUGCUGGUCCCCCCAGUCCUGUUCAGCGCUGCAGUCACCCCGCCACAGCUCUGGUUUCCCCCGCCCCCUUCCUACUGACUCCAUGGCGCCCCCAGGCCCCCCCUGCUGCCCUCUCCUGCGCCUCCUCCUGCUCCUGCUGAGCGGGGGCGGGGCCGGGGGCUACGAGGCCCCGGCGGACCGGGAGGACGUGUUCUCCAGGAGGGCGUGCCCCGCCUUCCUCUCCUUCAGCAACGCCGCCUUCCUGUCCGGCUCCACCGUGGAGCUGGCCUGCCGCUGCAAACCCCAUCAGGUGCGGGAGGUGGUGUGGUUCUACAGGGACCACCAGGCCGGUCCCCAGGCCACCAGGGCCCUGACGGAUCUCCAUGGCAACCGUCUCCUGGACCCCGACGACGUGCCCCCCCGCGGGGCGGACCUCCAGCUGCGCUCCUCCAUCCGCCUCUUCAGCCUGCUGCUCCACCGGGCGGAGCCGCGCGACUCCGGCCUCUACCUCUGUGGCUCCGCCCACCAGGACUUCUUCUAUGGUUACGACCUGGACAUCCAGGAGGCGGGCGCGCUCACCCUGUCGCCAAGUCCCAGCGCCGCCCCGGGGAGGAGAGAGAGUGGCCCUCCAGUGCGCCCGGGUGCAGCUCGCCCUCAGUUCCAGGUGUUCACCAGGUACGGGCCCUGGGGCCGCUGCGACCGCUGCGGGCCCCCUGGGGAGCAGGUGAGGGCGGGGCUCUGCUUCCUGCGCUCCCCCUACCUGCACGUCCGCUACCGCGCGGCCAAUCAGAGCCUGGCGUCCUGCGGCUCGGGGGCGGUACCUCGAGCUUUCGGCCUAUCGGAGAGCGGCAAGAGGCCGGUGGCUCGGCUGGAGGUCCGACUGUGUCACGUGACCUGCCCGACUCAAGCCCCGCCCACCUCCAGCGACCCAUCCGUGAUGGGCCUCCUGGGCUUCAGUUCCUCCUCCCGGUCAGCAGGGGUGCCAGUGUUCUACCUGAACCGUCCAGCCAAUCAGGUCGUGACCCUGGGCUGCCCGGGGUCACGACCCCAGCACGCGGUGGCCUGGGACCAGGGGUCGGAGCCCAUCUAUCGCUCUAAACACCUCAAAGCGUCCAACCUGACCUCCACAUCUCCCAGGAUGCACCUGGACGUGGCAGGUCACCUGGUCUUCAGACCCGCCCACCUGGAGGACUCAGGGGUCUACUACUGCUGGCUGCAGGGGCGCAAGGCAGCCCAGAUACGACUGCUGGUCUACGCCCACUUUGGGCGGGUCCACAUGAUGUCGGACCCCAGCGUCCAAUCAGCUCUCAGGGCGGUGCUGAUGUCAUACGCUGCCAUGACGACCGUCUUCAUUAUGCUGCUGCUGGCGAGAGCGGGUAUCAGGACGUUCAGGAACACUGGACCCUAGAUACACACACACACACACACACACACACACACACACACACACACACACACACACACACACACACACACACACACACACACACACACACACACACACACACACACACACACACUCACA